AUGGAUGUUGAUUCCAACACCGUCUCUGAGCCCGUCCGCCGGCAAGAUCUGUCGGCAUCGUCAGGGCACGACAGCGGCACCGAUUCGUCACAGAGCCAAGACCAGUCCAAUGCCAACUCACAGACGUCCAAUGUGUCCUCUGCGACAGACCAGGCUGCCACGCCCCUCGGUAGCGAUGCAGGAAGUGGCCCGGAGGGUCCUCCGGUUGCAGUGGUAACAGCCAUGUUGAAAAACAGAUACGCCAAUGUUCGUCGUGAAGCAACAUCGGGUACAUUUGGUCAAGAUAGCCAGCUGCAUCAACUGUCUGCCAUCGCCGCUGUUCAAGAUAGGCUGGGGCUGGAUGCUGUCGGUCAUUCGAGAAAGAGGAUGGUUGACGGCGAAGUCAAGGGGCGCAGCGGAAGCAUCAGUCCGGUAAAAGGACAUUCCCGGACUACAAGUGCCGUCAGCGUCGCCUCAACAGCCGGAAGUACAAUAGGUGAGCUUUCUGCAGAGUUGCGGACAAGGCUGUCCUACGCCAUGGUCAAAGUGAGCAAUGGAUGGCAGACGAGAAAUCUCGACGAGGUUGAAAGCCUGGCCUCUCAGGCUGCGUCCCCAGCGUCGAGCACAUGUACGGUACACCGGAGAAAGGGAUCUUCUGCUAGCCCAUCCCUGGCUGCAACCGCAACGCCUUCUCAGGUACAGGUGGUCCAUGAACCGAUAAAGUGCAGGGGCAAGUCGACUUCACCGCCGUCCACACACUCUGAUAAGCCAGCACUGGCUCCGCCAGCCCCCAUCCAGCCGUCUUUCUCGAUGCCUGCCCCGAGGUCGAACCCACGACGGAAUUCCAGCCCUCGAUAUACCCCCACCAUGCUUUCUCACUCGCAUUCAGCAUCCGCCCAUGGAUCCGCCCAGACUACACCCAUCAGCCGCGAAACAAGAAGGUCACAAAUCCAUUUGGAUGCCAGCAUGUACUCGCCGCAUCACAAGAACAUCAGGGAGCAAGAUGCCAUUGAGACGCUUCUGUUUAUGAGCAGUCCCGGAAACUCGGCCAGUUUGAAGCAUACCUUGUCACCGUCAGGCUCACCUGGUCCGCAGUCAAGCGCGCCUCCGAGAAGCGGUGGUGAACGGCAUGCUCUUCCAUCCGGGCCUCGACGUGGUCUGCCGGGAAGCCGGCCCUCCGUUCCUGCUAAGAAGGUCGGAUUUGACAAGUCACCCGGCGUGCCUCCGCCGCCCUCUCCCAUGGACCUUGACUCGCCGCAACCGCAAUGUUACACGGCCCACAACAGAUCCACGCCCAAACGACAAGCUACAAGUCUGACGAGCCGCCACAAAACUACGCUGUCAUUGCCCAGCGGCCUGGGCCUCGGUAACGGCACCGCCCGAAGGGCUCUGCGGGACGAAGACAUUGAGCGGAUGCUGGACGGCGCUGGGGCAAAGCUGGCGGACAGUUCCGACGAUGAAGAGAUCCAAUUGCCGCCGGGCCGUAAUCGACUAGCUGGGGCCAUGGGAAUAUAA